AUGGGAAAUGUAGUGCACCUUUCUCCAACAUGGCUGCGCCCAGAUGGGGUGGUGUGUGAGUAUCCGCCGCUGCUUUCUGAGAUAGAUUGGAAAGGCUGGCGAAGGAGAGCGCACCCACGUGGUGAGAACUCAGCCUGAGCCCAGGCGGAGUAUUGCCAUGGACAGCAACCAUCAAAAUAAUUAUAAACUUAAUAAAACCGAGAAGAAGUUCUUAAGGAAACAGAUUAAAGCCAGGCAUACUUUGCUGAGACAUGAAGGCAUUGAGACAGUAUCCUAUGCUACUCAGGUCCUGGUUGUUGCCAAUGGUGGUUUGGGUAAUGGUGUGAGUAGGAACCAGCUGCUUCCAGUUUUAGAGAAAUGUGGACCCGUGGAUGCUCUCCUAAUGCCACCUAAUAAGCCCUACUCGUUUGUAAGAUACAAAACUACAGAGGAAUCCGAGAGAGCCUACGUUACCCUCAAUGGAAAAGAAAUAGUGGAUGAUUUAGGACAAAAGAUCAUUCUGUACUUGAAUUUUGUGGAAAAAGCGCAGUGGAAAGAGUUGGGGCUUCAAGCCUUACCUCCAGGCCUCAUGGUAGUAGAAGAAAUUAUUUCUUCUGAGGAUGAGAAAAUGCUUUUAGAAAGUGUUAACUGGACAGAAGAUACAGAGAACCAAAAUUUUCAAAAAUCCUUAAAACACAGAAGAGUAAAGCAUUUUGGUUAUGAAUUCCACUAUGAGAACAACAAUGUAGAUAAAAAUAAGCCAUUACCUGGGGGUCUUCCUGACAUUUGUGAUAGCAUUUUGGAGAAAUGGUUAAAGGAAGGUUUCAUUAAACAUAAGCCUGAUCAAUUGACUGUAAACCAGUAUGAACCUGGGCAUGGAAUUCCCGCUCAUAUUGACACACACUCUGCUUUUGAGGAUGAGAUCGUUUCUCUCAGUUUGGGGUCAGAGAUUGUCAUGGAUUUUAAGCACCCAGAUGGUGUCACUGUGCCAGUUAUGUUGCCUCGUCGGAGUUUGCUGGUGAUGACUGGAGAAUCUAGAUACCUUUGGACCCAUGGAAUCACACCCAGAAAAUUUGAUACUGUCCAAGCAUCCAAGAGUCACAAAAGUGGAAUUAUCACCAGUGAUGUUGGAGACUUAACUUUAAGCAAGAGGGGAAUACGGACUUCAUUUACAUUUAGGAAAGUGAGGCAAACACCUUGUAACUGUAGUUACCCUUUGGUCUGUGACAGCCAGAUGAAGGAGACUCCCUCAUCAUUUCCAGAGAGUGAUAAAGAGGCCUCACAACUGGAGAGAGAAUAUGUCCAUCAAGUUUAUGAAGAGAUUGCUGGGCACUUCAGCAGCACGAGACAUACCCCUUGGCCACGCGUCGUGGAGUUUUUGAAAGCUUUGCCAAGUGGCUCAUUAGUGGCUGAUAUUGGAUGUGGAAAUGGAAAGUAUCUUGGUGUCAAUAAGGAGUUAUAUAUGAUUGGUUGUGAUCGUAGCCAGAACCUUGUGGACAUUUGUAGAGAGAGGCAGUUUGAGGCCUUUGUCUGUGAUGCGCUGGCAGUACCAGUCCACAGUGGGUCUUGUGAUGCCUGCAUCUCUAUCGCUGUUAUUCACCAUUUUGCCACAGCAGCGCGUAGAGUGGCAGCUAUCCAAGAACUUGUUCGACUCCUGAGACCUGGUGGGAAGGCGCUCAUUUAUGUCUGGGCAAUGGAACAAGAAUAUAAUAAUAAGAAAUCCAAGUAUCUCAGAGAAAACAGAGUUAGCCAAGGAAAGAAAGAGGAGAUCAACAGCGAUACAUCAGUGCAAGAGUUGCUUGUGGAGCAAAUGCCUGUUGUGGGCAACCAGGAUUCAGCCUGUUCUGUCCCUUCCACUAAUGAUUUUCAGAAGGGAGGAUGUGAUUCGAGGAAAGUUACUGAUUCCAAGCUGCCUGUUCACACUAACAGGACAUCUUUUCAUUCCCAAGACUUACUGGUUCCCUGGCACCUUAAGGGAAACCCUGGUAAAAACAAACUUGUUGAGCCAUUUGGUCCGGUAGGAUCCCAUGACCCGAGUCCUGUGUUUCAUCGUUACUACCACGUGUUCUGUGCGGGAGAACUGGAAGCUGCCUGCCAAACCUUGAGUAACGUCAGCGUUCUGCAAAGCUACUACGAUCAGGGGAACUGGUGUGUGAUUCUUCAAAAGGUCUGAGUAUCUCUAUGAACGUAUCACAUACAGGGAAGAAAUGCUCAGCUUUUUUUUAAAAAAGAAGACUAAAUUAACUGUCUUUUUAGUUAAAGAGAAAACUUGUGGAAAAGUACCAAAAGAGUGCGCCUGAGACAAAUUUGGAAGUAGAGAUUAGUUAGGAAAUGUUCAGGCUGCUACUGUUGCUGACCUCAUUUUAUCCAGAAAUGUAGGCUUCUCCUGUGGAGAGGAACAGCGGUGGUUUUUAAAAGUGAUUGAAGUAGUUUGUGAAGUAUUUGGGAUCCUGGGGUAAGAGUACAGCAUUUUGAAGAUAAACUUUUGUUAUAAAAUGUUACUAAAGGAACUAAAUCAUGUAGAAUCUUAGUGAAUUGAUGAUAUGACAUUUUAAUAAAGAAAAUAUUCCUGUUUAGCAGAC